ACUGUCAGAAUGAGCGGCAGAGGAAAAGGCGGGAAAGGACUCGGAAAGGGCGGAGCCAAGCGUCACCGUAAGGUCCUCCGUGACAACAUCCAGGGCAUCACCAAACCCGCCAUCCGCCGCCUGGCCCGCCGUGGUGGAGUCAAGCGCAUCUCCGGUCUGAUCUACGAGGAGACCCGUGGGGUGCUGAAGGUGUUCCUGGAGAACGUGAUCCGUGAUGCCGUCACCUACACCGAACACGCCAAGAGGAAGACGGUGACCGCCAUGGAUGUGGUCUACGCCCUGAAGAGGCAGGGACGCACUCUGUACGGCUUCGGAGGUUAAAGCUGCUCCUAAACUACCAAGAAAAAACAACCCAAAGGCUCUUUUAAGAGCCGCCCACUGCAUCUACAGAGCUACUGGAACCUGAACAGUCACACCAGUACACUGGAAAACUGACACAUUCAGGUACUAUUUAGGUUUUCAAAAAAGUUCAAAUCUGUCUAUAAGAUUCGUCACUUUCUAUUUCAUUUCCCUUUUUAUCCUUUCUACUUGCCUUUAAUUUAUUAAUACAUAUUUUAAUAGCCUUAAUUUAGUCAUUUUAUGUCAUGAUAAAAGGCAAAAUCCACCCAAGAAUAAAGCUUUUUUUUCCCCCUGAA